UUUAUGCUGAGAGCGGCAAACUUAAAUAAUUCUAUAAAUUUCAUAGUACCCGAAGUUCGUUAUAUUACCAGUUAAGUUACUUUUGUUUCCAUCUAUAGGACGCUACCGUCAGUCGUGGCACAGGAACAGCUAAAAAUGAUUAAUUGGGUGAAUGUGGUGCAUACAACAGCAGGAGUCGUGACUAUUUUGCAAUUCGCCAGCGAAGCGUUUGUAUUACAUGCAGUGAAAGAUGUCUGGUUGGAAGACUAUUGUAAAACUUGCCCUAUCAUUCCAUUUUUGGGCAGUGCAGUUGCUUCUAUGCUGUAUAUGCAGUACGGUAACAUGUUACAGGAUGGUACAAUGACACUCGUGUACACUGUGGGAUUGCUGGUCAAUAUAGUCCUAAUGUGUCCUAUCUGCUAUCACACGGCGUCAGAAUACGGCAAAGCUAAGUAUAUGAGAAUAAUCGGAGUGGCAGUGGCGUUAACCUGCGGGAUACUUUGCUAUGUACGAUACGAGGAUCCAACCGAGGUCGAGUUCCGAUUCGGAAUUAUACGAACGAUUGUGCAAUUAUUGGUAGUUGCGACGCCGAUGAUUUUCUUUGGAGAUGGCAGACCCGCGAGGGCAGAGGAUUUAUGGUUUCCAUCGCUAUUGCUCGGAUUUGUAGCGAUGCUUUCAUGGGCGCUGUAUGGCUUACUACUCGGGAAUCACACUCUCGUGGCAGAAAAGUUGUCCGCGAUGAUCAUCUAUAUGUAUAUUAUAAGUGUACAUUCACCAUAUGGCGGUGAGUUCCGCUGGUUGAGGGAGUAAAACUGGAGUCGUUGAACUAUUUUAUGCACCAUAUCAUACGACAGAGAUCGUCACUCGAGUGUUUGCCGUAAACCUGUAUUGCCUUUUUGCUACAAUCGCUAUUGAGUGAGCGAAUUGUUUAUUAUUCAUUUACGCAUGCUUUUGUGUACAGUAAAAAUGCUUUUAUGCGACGUUUUUUUAUUGCUCGAAAACUAUACAACUGAUCCAAAGUUGAGAUCAUCAUUUAAUAACGUUAUUAAAUUUGGAAAUUAUUCUUAUAAACGAAAUUUUUAGUAGGCAUAGCGUAAAGUAGAGUUUAUAUAAGACUGACAUUUAUGUAAAAAUCAUUGAU